CGCGCGCUGUAAUUCCCAAGCCAUUCAUACUAAGUAGCUAGCCCGUGAUCUAAUUUGACUCGAGCCCUCAUCUUUAGGGACAGCUAGCUUCAGCAAGGCGCUCGGGACUCGCGCUUACCGGUGUUUGGCAGCCGACAAAGGGACACAAAGAUGUCUAAAGACACGGAAGGGAAGAGCGAGAAAAUUAUGGAUAUGGAGAGCAAGGUGCUGUGGUACCCGGACUCCAAGAGGAACACACAGAUGGACAAGUUUAGGAUGCAGGUCAACGACAACUACGGACUUAAUCUGGCCAACUACAACGACCUGUACCAGUGGUCGGUGGACAGCUACUCAGAGUUUUGGGGAGAGGUGUGGCGCUUUUGUGGAGUAGUCAGCUCCAAACCAUACGACGAGGUUGUGGAUGUAUCCAAACGGAUCUCAGAUGUUCCAGAGUGGUUUAAAGGAGCUCGCCUCAACUACGCGGAGAACUUGCUCAAACAUGCAGACCAGGAUAAAGUCGCUCUCUAUGCUGCAACUGAGGCAAAUGAGGAGAUUGUGAAGGUGACGUAUGGGGAGCUGAGGUGCGAUGUGGCGUUGUUUGCUGCAGCCAUGAGGAAGAUGGGUGUUCAGACUGGAGACAGGGUCGUUGGCUACCUACCCAAUGGUAUCCACGCAGUGGAGGCCAUGUUAGCAGCAGCCAGCAUUGGAGCCAUUUGGAGCUCCACGUCUGUCGACUUUGGAGUCAAUGGCGUUCUGGACAGGUUUUCUCAAAUCCAGCCCAAGCUGAUCUUCUCUGUUGCUGCUGUGGUUUACAAUGGCAAAACACAUGACCACAUGGAAAAGCUCACCAGUGUUGUCAAAGGUCUGCCUGACCUGAAGAAAGUAGUGGUGAUUCCCUACGCUCGCUCCAAACAUGAGACUGACCUCUCAAAGAUCCCCAACAGUGUAUUUAUAGAUGAUUUCUUGGCAUCCGGCCGUGGUGAGGUCGAUCAGUUUCCUCAGCUGGAGUUCGAGCAGCUUCCAUUCAGUCAUCCUCUCUUCAUCAUGUACUCUUCUGGGACCACCGGGUCUCCUAAAUGUAUGGUCCACUCUGCUGGGGGCUCGCUCAUCCAACACUUAAAAGAACACAUUCUCCAUGGAAAUAUGACCAGCAGUGAUGUCAUCAUUUACUACACCACGACUGGCUGGAUGAUGUGGAACUGGCUGGUGUCUGCUCUGGCAGUGGGAGCCUCAGUGGUUUUAUAUGAUGGUUCACCACUAAUGCCCACGCCGAAUGUACUGUGGAACCUGACAGACCAGCUGGGCAUCACUAUCUUUGGCACUGGGGCCAAGUGGCUGUCUGUGCUGCAGGAGAGGAACCUGAAACCCGGGGAGACACACAACCUCCAGUCUCUCCACACCAUCCUGUCUACUGGAUCUCCUCUCAAACCUCAGAGCUACGACUACGUCUACCGCUGCAUCAAGAGCAACGUGCUGCUGGGCUCCAUCUCAGGCGGCACUGACAUAGUGUCAUGUUUCAUGGGUCAGAACCCAACAGUUCCAGUGUAUCGCGGCGAGAUCCAAACAAGAAAUCUUGGCAUGCCUGUGGAGGCCUGGAGCCCUGACGGCAAACCUGUAUGGGGACGGAGCGGGGAGCUUGUCUGCUUGAAGCCAAUCCCCUGCCAGCCAACACACUUCUGGAAUGACGAGAACGGGAGCAAAUACCACAAAGCAUACUUUUCCUCAUUUCCUGGCGUGUGGGCUCAUGGAGACUACUGUAAAAUCAACCCAAAGACGGGAGGCAUUGUCAUGCUGGGCAGAAGUGACGGCACUCUGAACCCCAAUGGAGUCCGAUUUGGCAGCUCAGAGAUCUACAACAUUGUGGAGGCGUUCGAGGAAGUGUCAGACAGCCUUUGCGUUCCCCAGUACAACGCCGACGGAGAAGAGCGAGUCAUUUUGUUCUUAAAGAUGGCACCUGGUAAACCCUUCAGUCCAGAGCUGGUGGCGAAGAUUAAAGGAGCCAUUAGAAAAGCUCUGUCUGCCCGACAUGUCCCGGCUAUGCUGCUGGAGACCAGAGACAUUCCUUACACCAUCAGCGGUAAGAAGGUGGAGGUGGCUGUGAAACAGGUGAUUGCCGGCCGGGAGGUGGUGCAAAGAGGAGCUUUCUCCAAUCCUGAUUCGCUGGACCUCUACAAGAACAUUCCUGAACUGCAGAACUAUUAGAGAUGAGGCUUCACCGAGUUGAAGAGAGGACCUGGAAAAGAGAACCAACCCACCUGACAAGAAAUGAGCGUAGUUUUUAAAUGAACUUUAUUCAGAUUUACAGGUGUAGAGCGACAUGCAGAGUGCGUUGUGGGGGUAUCUUACAAAGGCACCCUGAGCUUUGUACAGGGCAUGACAAAGGAAAAAAUGCAUUUGUCAAAAUAAUUCAAAAAGGGUGCAAACAAUAUGUAUAUAGGUCAAAGGUGUGCGCCAGGCGAGAGACUUUAAAAACAUUCGGCAUACUGCUCCAUAGCUUUCAAUCAAGUGAUCAAGCAGCUGCUCUAAGUCUACCAUGUUGUGCAAGUAAAUGUUGAGCUGGAUUCAGCUUUGGAUGUAUUAUGAUGUGCACAGCGGCGCUUGUGAAUAAGCUCAUGCUCCUCGGCCACCAACAACAGAGAAGUGAAAUUCAGCAUUAAGCGCUUUGCUUUGGCUUCACAGGCUGAUUGCUAUCAGGCCGGUUGCUAUCAGCCUGUGAAGAACCACAUCUCUCUGUGUCACCUGCUUUAACCCCGCAGGUUGGUUCUGAGUGGGUCCCAGACUGUAAAUCCAAGGAAGUGUGCAGAUAAACGCAGACAAACACCUGGGAUUACCACGUCAUCUUUGGCUCAUAUCACCAUAUCAUUGUUAUGUGGUGUGUAUUGCUUUAUUAAGUGUACAUAUAUAUAUAUAUAUAUAUAUACAUGAAUAUAUAUUUUUUGGACUGUGAAAUUCCAUUAACACGAGCCUGUUAAUCAGAGUCUGAGACUUAGAGGGUCAAAACGUGUCAGGAGUUGUUUGAAUAAAUGAACCGGAUUCCAGAUACAACAAAACGUAUGGAACUUUUGUCCAAACCUAAAAACGUAUUGAUCUCUUGUGUAUCACGUGUGCUCAGCCCUAACCCUCAUUUGACUUUUGUAACCCUCCACCAAGGCAGGAAUUGAUGAAGCUCAAAUUUGAUCUGAAAACGAGCAAAUGUUCAUUUCACCCCAGAAGUCUGUAUUUUUUAGUUUGAUAUCGAUGUUCCGUGUUUUUGGUAAGCAAGAUUUGUCCUCUUCAAAAAGCUCCAGCACAUGUUUUUACUUUAUACAAGGGAAAACUGACAGAUUUAUUCAAAAUGUCCUCAUGCUGUGUGGCAAAGCCUCAAAGUUAAUUAACACUGCUUAAGAUGAACUGCAGUAGUUUUGGUCCCUAGGAGCACUAUGGAGCAACAGGGGGGUACAGUAACAGAAGCACUUAUCACUUGGGUUUCCUUUCAUGUUGCAAGAAAACAAAUAGCUGACCAGAAUGUGAGUUAUGGAGAAAUCACAGAUGUAAAUGUCAGAGAAACAUUUGAUCUUUGGGGUAAAUUUAGUUGCAGGAAGCAUGUCUUAAUGACACUUUUCUUACUGGACCUUUUGUGGUUUUUCAUUCAGUCUUUCUUACUUGUUUCCAGAUUGUUUUAAAGAUUUUUGAAGGUACGAAUGCAAAAAGAUGAACUGAAAACUCUGCAGUUCAUCUUAAAUGUCACAGCUUGCGAUUAAAUUUCUGAAUUUCCUCUUGAAAGGUACCCUGUGGCGUUUUGACCACUAGUAGCGCUGUGGAGCAGUGUUUUGAUGAGUCGCUUCCCACUUUGUUUGUAUCCUCUGCACACGCACAAGCGUGCAGGUGAAAGGAUGCAUGUUCCAGCCAAUGACAUCGCACUAUUCCCCCAUAGCUUUUCAAAUGUCUUUUAGGCCUCAAGGAUACACAUGAUGCAUUUUGGUAAUAAACUAUAUGUAAACAGAACUUUCUGUUUUUUAGAAGAAAACUCCACAGGGUACUUUUUAAAGUGUCACAGAUGCAUAGAUUCUCUCUUAUAGAGACAGGGAUCAUACUUAGAUAACUGCACACUUUGUACUUUAGAACUGUAUAUGCGACUUUGUUCAUGGCGAAAUCUGAUGGCACAUGGCUGAGCUACUGUUUAUUCUGUCAUAUGCUGGGUUUUUUUUCUACACCAAACAUUUCUUACAAUACGCCAAGAGUUUGCUCUGGGUGGGUCACAAGGGAUUUUAUUUGGCUCUUCCAUGUCUGCCUGUAGUGUGCUGAAUCUACAAUGUAAUUUUUACUUAUUUCAGUGUUGCGAGGAAGUUUGUUGAAUCAGAUGUGAUGAGUGAGUUUUGUCUUUGUCUUUCAACGGUACAUUCGUUUCUCUUUAACACACAUGAUGAUGAUGAUCGUUGUCUAGGUUGUUUAUCCUGGAAGAGCCGUGAAUGGAUGUGAACUGUUCUCAUUUGCGCACCUUGGUUGGAGUUUAUCAGGGGACUGUUUGUAUUAGAAACCGCUUACGUCGUGUACCAAGGGAGGUUUUUCUCAAGCACGGGUGCAUUUCCUGGUUGACAACUGUCAGCCACCCAAUAAAGUAAAGCCUGUCUGAGAGCAAAAGCUCAAACAAACAGUUUUGUAUUCCAAAACUUCAGCCUUUAAUACCCGCCGCAGAUUUACAUCAUCCACACUGCUUUUCUACGAUUGGAUGGGAAACCCUUUAAUCCCAUGCUUGCUGGACACAGCACAUAUGUAAGGCCUACACAGGAGUUAAAGUCAACACUUAUGUUUGUUUACAGCUUAACUACUUCAGAGCUCUGACACAAAAAGAAGACCAGGAACUCAAAGGUAGUCGCUAAAAGUAUCAUUUUUAGCAUCAUUUUAGAUAUCAUUCCUUGCUUCUUUGUGGUGUGCAGCUUCACCUUUGGGUUCGAACACUAACAUACAUACAAUCGCUAAAUUAGCAUUGGUGCUACAGUUAGCAGCAUGUGAUGUCUUGACCACCUCAGCAUGUGAACUUCAGCUUCAGGGCGAAGAGUAAACAGCUGUCAGUCUGGUGGAAUAACAGAAAAGAGUGUGUGAUUGAGUAAUUGUCUGAGUGUGUGUGUGAAUUUUGCGGAGUGUGUUGAAGCCAGUCAUUUUGACAGACGUCUACUUUAGAAAUAAACUUGGCAGUUUUAAAACUCGCUGUAACCUUUAUUAGUGUGAUCACUCAGACCUGCCAGUCAGCCGAACUUCAAAAUGCAACAGCGGAAUAGAAAAAUAGAAAAAGUGAGAGUUGGUGAGAGUCCAGUUCCUCGCUGUGGAGAGUCUCACCAAUCUACUGUUGGAACAUUUUAUUUAUUCCUGCCCUCGGUCGUUCAAACACGAGAAAAAAUGUUUUGUUGGCGCCCUGUCAGCUUGUAGAGGAGAUCGGAGGGUGAGGAGAGAUAGGGAGGGCUGUAGGAAUGUUGACAAAUGAAAAGCUGAAGUGUUUACCAAUUUCACAAAUAACAACCAUCUUAUGAGCAUGAAUGGUAAGUGCCAUGCAGUCCUCUAGAGAGGCUGUCUGUUGUUGUAUGAUUCAUCCCAGUGGUCUCAUAACAGAGCACACCACAAACCAGAAAAUGACUUUGUUAACGGCUUGAUUGUGCACUGUACUUACAGGGGUUGGCAGUUAAUUCACUCUCAGUACAACCAAUUUGAAAUGUAAGUUGAAACUGCACAGACUAAUGAUGGACUGUUAAUUGAUGGAGUUAUUUUGGUAGAAAUGACAUGUGGUGCUUAUGUUAUUUUCUUCCAUAUUAAUGAAAAUUAAAUGUAAAAAGUGAUUGUGAUUGGCUCUUUUUCCACAUGCACAGUGGGAACUAUUGUUCAACUAGUCUGACUAACAAGUGUCAUUAGUGACUUCAUUUUGCAAUUAAAAACAAUGCAGUGCAUUGAUUAUGCACAAAGGAGAAAAAUUGUUUGACAUAGCGUCUGUUUCCGAAGCCUCUUUUUAAUCUUUACCGUUAUGUCAAUGGAGCCGGAACAUCCAGAUUUGAGUAACUGGGUGUAGCUGUUGUAGUGGCGAGCAGACAGCAGUCAUGGUGUGUUCAGCAAGGCACACCCAAGAGAUAUGUAUAUGUAAAAGCUAGUUUGGGUGAUUUCUUGACUAUUCAAUAAAUGAGUUGAGCUUAAUCUCCACGUAGUCUCCUCCCAAGAAAUAGUUUUUUUACAUUUCGGGUUCGUACGGAGUAAACAAACUAGACAUAAUAUAUUAAUAAAUGAGCUUUAGGGAUGCUGGUAGGCAGAUUUUGUUACCUUUGGGCAGAGCUAGGCUAGCAGUUUUCCCCUUUUUAGUCUCAUUGCUAAGCAUCUCUCUCUCAGCAAGAAAACAAAUAAGCAUAUUCAAACAAAAUGUAAUAAUGGAACAAUAACAUUUAAAUCCACUAUAGCUCUCUUUAAUCACUUGCUGUAGGAAGAUGUGAAUUGAGAUUAUUCCCUCUCUUGUCAAAAAAUAUAGGUUUUAUAUACAGAAGUUGUUUUUUAUGUAUGAUUUCAAUAGUUCAGAUUUUUUUACGAUGCCCUCUAGAGGUCAUUAGAGGAACUGUGCUCUGCAUUGACUUCAAUAUUAACCUGUGACUGAUUGUUGCUUGGUUCCAUCCUUACAAACACAACAUGUUUUAGGAAGAUUACAUUGAUUUUUAGGUUCACAGUCAUUUCAUUGGGUUCCUUAAACAAACCUCUGAGGUUCAUCAAUGGUUAUAUGAUCCUAAAAAGCAUCGGUUGAAUCUUUUUACUAGUGUGUAGAGCAUAUGGAAAUUACCAUGCCACUCUUCAAGCUGUGAUGGAUUCAGUUCCUCAUUUAUCCUCCGAUCUCGGAAGUUGGAAACCUUCCCACUUUCUAGAUGUGUUGGAUGUGUUCGCCUAUUGUUCCCUCCAAUUGCAUCCUACCUUCCAUGUCCCCCAAUUAUCCUCAGGUGAUGGUGCAUUCACUGAAGCCCACCUCCCCCCUCUCACCUCCAUAGGAGUCUUGUUAAAUCCAAAUUGGUUCCCAAAGAGGAAUCACACGUAACUCACUGCACGGGGGUUUUAAUUGUUGUUCGAAUUUCAUUUCAUCAAAUAUCUGCAAAACUGACCAUGCUUCACACCAUCUGUGUUUGUUCUAUAGCAAAACGUUGCAAAUGUUAGCAUGUAACAUCUAAGCUAAAAUAGCGAACAUGGUAAAUAUUGGUGACAAAUCAACAUCUUAGCAUUGUCAUUGUGAGCCUGUUAGCAUGCUGAUGUUAGCAUUUAGCUCAAAGCAGCACUGUGUCUAUGCACAGCCUCACUGGCAUGGCUGCAGGCUCUUACUGUUUUUGUUUUUUUAAAUAAAUCUUUCUGUAACUUUUUCUGCUAAAUUUGUGAGAGAAAGAUAGGAGGCUUAAGGACAUGAUUUCAGUGUAGCAGUUCUAUCUAUUGAUUUCUUUAAAAUUGCUUUGCCACUAAGAUGUACAUAAAAAAAAAAAAGAAAUUGUAUUAAUUAGACUGUGGAGACUGCAUGCAGAUUGUGUGUGGUAUUAUACAGUAUGGAAGUAAUGCAAAACUAAAACCAGAGGGAGUAAUUAUAACCAGAGAGACAUAUCUAUAACUGUUUAGUAAAUAUUUGUGAUCAGAAUAAAGUGGCUGUAACAACUAACUUACAAUGUGUUUCCUUUUCAAUUUGAUCCUCACAGGAACACACUGACAGUGGCUUUUAUUUCAUAUUUCAUAUCCCCCCCACUCCUGUAUCUCUAAUAGUAAUUCUUCUUUCAUAUCCCGCUCAAGAAAAUACAUUUCAAUUUGUUUUAUGUGGUCAUUCAAUUGAGUCUGACACGACAAGCAGCUAAAUGGAAAAGAAUCUCCACUGAGACUGUGUCGGGUGGCCCAAAUUGAGUCGAGCAGAUGUGCAAAUUGCCACCGUAUGCAGCGGAAAACAAUGUUUAUGUGUCCUGUAGAAUGCCAAUUAUGACUUAAUAAAACACUAAAGUUGUGCUGUGUAAAUGAGUUAUUAUCUCAGGAACUUUAUGCAGAGUCACCUGCUUAGAAACGAAGCGUUCCUCUGGAGAAACAAACCUGAGAGCUGCGCAGUGCAGCUGCAGUCUGCAGAGCUGGUGCAGGU